CACUUAUCCUGCAGAAAGUUGCCUCACUUCCCAAAGCCGACAUUUUUUGGAGGAAAUAUAACGUAUCUGGCAACCUGUUUCGUCAGUGCAGAGGCGGAGCUCACCCGCUGUCGUUUCACAGUAGUUUCUGGAACCUCAUGGUCGCACCAUGGAGAAAGUGGCACAGCUGAAAGAUGAGGGUAACAAGGCACUUAGCGCCGGGAACAUUGGUGAAGCCGUGCGCUGCUACACCGAGGCGCUGGCCCUGGACUCCAAUAACCACGUACUCUACAGUAACCGCUCGGCCGCAUACGCCAAGAAGGGAGACUACGAAAAUGCCUUGAAGGACGCAAGUCAGACUAUCAAGAUUAAGCCUGACUGGGGCAAGGGGUACUCACGGAAAGCUGCGGCGCUCGAGUUCCUUGGGAAAUUUGAGGAUGCUAAAACAACGUAUCAGGAAGGCAUUCGUCAGGAGCCAGGCAACCAGCAGCUGAAGGAAGGACUCCAGAAUAUUGAGGCUCGCCUGGCAGAAAAGAAGAUGAUGAACCCCUUUGCCAUGCCUAAUCUGUAUGAGAAGUUGGAGGGCGACACCCGCACCCGCGCCCUGCUCUCUGACCCCAGCUACAAGGAGCUGCUGGAGCAGCUCAGGAACAAGCCCUCGGAGCUCGGCACGCGGUUGCAAGAUCCGAGGGUAAUGACCACGCUGUCUGUGCUGCUGGGCCUGGACCUGGCUGGCAUGGAGGAAGAUGACGAGCCCACCCCGCCGCCGCCGGCCCCCAAGCCCAAAGAGACCCAGCCUCCCCCACCCAAAGAGGAAGACCUGCCGGAGAACAAGAGACUGGCAUUGAAGGCAAAAGAGCUCGGCAAUGAUGCCUAUAAAAAGAAAGACUUUGAAGCAGCACUGAAACACUAUGAAGAGGCCAUGAAUCACGACCCUACUAAUAUGACUUACUUGUCCAAUCAAGCAGCCGUAUACUUUGAGAAGGGUCAGUAUGACAAGUGCAGGGAACUGUGUGAGAAAGCUAUUGAUGUUGGCCGAGAGAAUCGCGAGGACUACAGACAGGUUGCCAAAGCCUAUGCUAGGAUUGGAAACUCCUACUUCAAGCAGAACCAGUACAAAGAAGCCAUUCAGUUCUUCCACAAAAGCCUCGCGGAGCACCGCGUUCCGGAGGUGCUGAAGAGGUGUCAGCAGGCAGAGAAGAUACUGAAGGACCAGGAGAAGAUUGCCUACAUUAAUCCUGAUCUGGCCCUGGAGGAGAAGAGCAAGGGCAACGAGGCCUUCCAGAAAGGUGAUUACCCGGCGGCUAUGAAACAUUACUCCGAGGCCAUCAAGAGGAACCCAGAGGAUGCCAAGCUCUUCAGCAACAGAGCUGCAUGCUACACCAAACUGGCCGAGUUCCAGCUGGCCCUCAAGGACUGUGAAGACUGCAUCAAACUUGACCCCGACUUCAUAAAGGGAUACACACGCAAGGCUGGUUGUCUUGAGGCCAUGAAAGAUUUCACCAAAGCCACGGACGCCUACCAGAAAGCUCUCGAGCUCGACUCCACUUCUAAGGAAGCCUCAGAGGGUAUCCAGCGCUGCAUUAUGAAUCAGGCCACGAGGAACGACAGCCCGGAGGACGUGAAGCGGAGGGCCAUGGCCGACCCCGAGGUGCAGCAGAUCAUGACAGACCCGGCCAUGCGUAUGAUCCUGGAGCAGAUGCAGAAGGACCCGCAGGCCCUCAGCGAUCACCUGAAGAACCCGGUCAUUGCCGGGAAGAUCCAGAAACUAAUCGAUGUCGGACUCAUAGCCAUCCGGUGAUCACCGGGACUUCGGGGAAGCAAGGGCAGUGGUCCAUUGGAGAAAACGGAUUGAAGAGACGGAAGAAUAUGCCAUUCCCUCUGGACAAGGACAGAUCAUCUCUCCAUCACUAUUCGCUCGCCGCCGCCACCGCCGCCUCACUCGCCACCCUAGUUACUUACGCAGGCACCCCCCCCUCCCCUCCCAAACUCUCCUCUGUCAGUGUUGAUUUCAUCUUCAGAAUUCGGCCUUAAAUCAGAUUGAGAAACAUUGCAUUUUAUCUGAAGUGUUGAUCUCAUAGCACUCCUGACUCUGUGGUCUUGCGCACUGUCUCUCGCUCUCUCUCUCUCUCUCUCUCUCUACACCUGCUUAUUGCAUGGCUGUAGGCCAUUGGGAGGUUGAAAGUGUUGCGAGAAAGUACUUGAUUUGAUGGUGUAUUUCAGCCCUUCAGAUAUUUAUGUCUCUUUGCAUUCUUGUCUCUAAACAUUUUGUUUUCCUUUUUUUACAUUAUGAAAUUGUCACUUUUUAACCAGAGGAAGUGAGAAUGGAUUUUUUUUUUUCUUUUUCUUUUCUCUGUUGUGUUCCCAAUGGCCAAUGUUAGUCACAGACAGAUAAAGAACUCAGCCGGGUGUACCAAUGUAACGUUAGCUCUUUGAAGUUAGGCUUAUUGAAUCCCUCCUCCCCCCCCCCCCUCAAUACACUUUGUAUCAGUGCAGGACGCAAAGCUUAUCUACUUCGGUUGGUGCAUAGUGAACUUGAUUUAGGUAACAUAACAUCUGCUUCAUGCAGUUCAGGGACACCUCUGUCUAAAUUAUAAAGGCACAUGGAAUGGACAGGUGGGUGGGGGGGGGGACGCCAGUGUGCUCAAACAAUUACCACGUGGCACUGAAUUUUUUGGGAGGGCUGGUAUUGCAGAAGCAGGUGGCUCAUUGACAUAGAAGCAAGUUCUUAUCACUUGACACAAUAUCAAAAAGUGGUGCUCACGUGUUAAAUGCCCUUGUAAAAAUGACUCCCCUCAUGUGUAAUGUUAUAUCACGAUCCUGUCAUGAAAAUACAUAUGAAUGUAUUUCAAUUGUU